AGCUUUUUCUUGUAAUGUCAUAACUUUUCUCUACUUCUUGGGAACACUUCCAGUAUCAUUAGAGGCACUUUGUAUGGGUCCCAUGGUGUUCAUCAAGGGAUCUGGUUUACAGGAUUGCACUAAACAUGACAAAAAAUAACUGUGAGAGAUCACUUCUUACUGCACUAUGGGAUUUACUGGAGAGAUGAACUGUUCAUGCAGAUGUGACUAGUGUCACACAGCAUACUUGCAACAUGAGCAUACUGUCACCACAAUGGUGAUGGGAGGUGGCUACAGAAUUAUUACAGUAAUAUACAGGGUGUCCCAAAGUCACCCCUGAAUUUGUCAUACAUAGGGAAAAUGGGAAAUUUUAGCUAAAUGUACCUUUAUAAAACAUUCAUUACAAAAUUUUACAAAAUGUAGUAGAACCUCCAUGGUUGACCACCUCCCUACAUUGACCACUCCCCACAUUGACCAUGUCCAUUAUAACAACAUAGGGAACUAGGCCUACUGUACUGAUACGUACAUGUAGUACAUGUCCAGUCUGUGUAAUUUAGGUCAACUGGAGGAGGUGGUCAACUAUGGAGGUUCUAUUGUAUAUACAAAAUAUUCUCUAUGUGUUUUCCACCUCUUUGUAAAAUUUUAUAAUGAGUAUUUUGUAAGUAAAGGUACAUUCAGGUGUGAUUUCUCAUUUUCCUUCUGUAUGGUGACUUUAGGGGUGACUUUUAGAACACCCCACAGCAUGUACUAUAGUUAAUUUUAGGCAGUUAUGUUUACAUAUCUUUCAAUUGCAUAUCGCACCAUGUAUGGUCUGUAUUUAAGUUUUGAUGAAUUCUAAGUCUUUAUAAUGGAUAGUUUAUGAUAAUAAAUGAUAAAAUCGAGUAUUGUAUACAUCUUAUGCAUUCCUGGGACACCUUUUUCUUAAUUUUUUCAGUGUUUCUGGGUUAUGCAGCUUGCAAGUUUCUUUAAAUUGUUGCAAAUCUCCAAAAAGUUCUCUAAUAUAUGCAUUGAAAAAUAUCUGCAUAUAAGCAUACCUGCACAGUACAAACCUGUGUUGUUCAAGGGUCAACUGUAGAUUCUGGAUACAAAUCCCUUAUCAAAUACACACUUUGCAAAUGCUUUCUUCCAUGUUGGGGUUGUUUUUCACUUUCUUGAUAGUGUCUUUUAAAGCAUAAAAGGUUUUAUUUUGAAUAAGUCCAAUUUAUCUCAUUUUUGUUGCUUGUGCUUUUGGUAACAUAUUGACUCUGACUUUUAAUAUGGUCUGAGUUACUGAAAAAUUUAGAAAGUGAUUAUCUUUGAGAUCUGGUUGAUAGCAGUAUUUAAAAAUUUAAAAGAAAACAACUUCCAUUUCAUUUUAAUUGUAGCACUCAGAAGCACUCAGUAAAUCUAGGCUUUUAAUGAAAAUGAAGCUUUCAAAGACAUUUUCGAUAUUAAAGUGUAACUUUGUAAAGGAAUCAGAACUUUAAACUCAAUAUUGAUUAUUCUAGAUUUUCUUGCAGACUUUAUAUAAAUGUGUAAGCUUCUAUGUGGUGCCAUUCCAGUGUGCAUGCUAUUUGGUUUUAUCACUUAAUGGUUUAUUUCUACAGUUCCACAUUUCCAUGUCUUCUCACCUAAUUAGGCAAAUAAAUCAUUUCCAUUUGCCCAACUGGACAUUUUUGUUUUUUGAGAGAGAGUCUCAAGCUGUCACCCUAAGUAGAGUGGUGUGGCGUCAUAGCUCACAGCAACCUCAGAGUCUUGGGCUUAAGUGAUUCUCCUGCCUCAGCCUCCCAAGUAGCUGGGACUACAGGUGCCCUCCACACCGCCGGCUAUUUUGGGGGUUGUACUUGUCAUUGUUGUUUUAGCAGGCCCAGGCCAGGUUCAAACCUGCCAGUCUUGGUGUAUGUGGCCAGCACCCUACUCACCGAGCUAUGGGUGCUGCCCCUAAUUGGACAUUUUUGUUAAAUUUCAUUUUUUUUCUUUUUAGGGGAGGAGGAGAUUUUAGAAUAGUAUGUGCAUGUAUUUUUUGGUAUAGUCUAAAAUGCAGGGGGAAAAUAUGGGCAUUUUUCUAACUAAGUGCCCAUGUAAUAUGAAUCUUUUCAGAGAGCAUGUUUCAUUUUUAUUAGAUGUAGUAAGCAUAGCACUUACAUAAACCCUUCUGGUAAAUGUUGGAGACGUGUGUUAGCGUCCAGUCCGAGUGUCUGGAAGGUGUCAGGGCGGAGAUGAAGUCUAGCUGCAUCUAUGAGGCUGAAUAGGAGUUGGCCAGGUCAUGGGGGACAUAAAGGGCAACAAGGUAAAGCAUGAGGCCACAUAGUAAAUGUCUUAUUGGAGGAUCAAGUGUGAGGCACAGCCACCUCAGUUUUCAAUCCUAAACCCGGCUGACACCAUUGGUAGGGGAGAGAGGGAUUAUACCAGCAUUUAGCCCAGCUCUACCCAGGGGCCUUUCUCUUCUUCUGUAUCCAUUCUCCCAUUGCAGCCAGUUGCCUUAUCUCAUUGGGCUUAUCUGAUCGGGUUGCCUGCUGCUGAAGCUAUUUCAGUUUCUCCCCAUCAUUCCUAGGGUACAGACAGAAAUCCUUCCCCUGGGAGGCCCUGCCCACUCCUAGGCCUUUCCUUCCAGCCUCUUCUUUCUAGCACACUCUGUUCUCCAGCCUCCAGGGGCUUAGGCCUACCUUGGGUUCUCCCAGUCUGUGCCAGGCCAGGCUUCCUUGGCAAGAACCUUGUCAUGGGUUGGUCCCACUUUCUGGUUCUGGUUUCCUCUUUUUCUUUCUUUCUUUUUUUUUUGAGACAAAGUCCACAAUAUCACCUUCGGUAGAGUGCCUAGUGUGUGUGUGUGGCAUCACAGCUCACAGUAACCUCCAACUCUUGGGUUAAGCAAUUCUCGUCUCAGCCUCCCAAGUAGUUGGGACUACAGGCGCCUGCCACAACACUCAGUUAUUUUUUUGUUGUUGUUGUAGUUGUCAUUGUUGUUUGGCAGGCUGGGCUGGGUUCAGACCCGCCAGCUCACGUGUAUGAGGCUGGUGCCCUAGCCGCUGAGCUACAGGCGCCGAGCCUGGCUCCCUCUUUUUUCAUAGUUUUCUUCUCCCCCUGCUGAGUUUAGCGUGUGGUCAGAUCUCCUUUCCCCUGGUCAGAUCCCCCUCCAGUGGAGUCAGACUUCAGUGAGGGAGCGCCGGGUAAGGACAGACCACACUGGAAACCCACGUGCAGCCUCUCAGUAACACAAUGUAAUGCUGUAUAGCACGCUUCCUUCCUGUGUUGAAAGGUGCUGCUUUUUUCAUUAACUGCAGCUGGGCAAGUGAAACAGUUGGUUGACUUGUGGUGCAGGAUGAAGUUGUAUCAAAUUAAGUCCCCCUGGUGGCCGGAACCCUCUGCAGCUCCAUGAGCUGCUCCUUUACACUUUGUGUAAAGUGGCUGAGGGAGAUGGGCCAGGAUCCCCUGCACUGGUCUAAGAUAUUCUUUGCCUUUGGGCUGAGUAUGAAUAGUUGUGCUCUGUACCACGUGCCUCUCAUUUUGUAAGACUUAGCACAAUUGUACCUUAAUAAGGUUUAUGUGUGGAUGUCAAUCUCACCCAACAGGCGCCGUGAGGCAGGGGCUCUGUGUGUGUGAUUUGCAUCCUCAGUGUGUGGCCCGUGGUAGACAGUCACAAAAUGCCUGCUGAAAAACCACGUUCCCAUCUGCUCUGUGGAACACUAGGCUUCUGUGGAAGCUUUAGAGUUCUGCAGACAUUUGAUUCAUUUACAGUGUAUUUAACUACUAAAACUGAUCAAACAUAGGCACAUUAAAUGUGCUUUCUACAACAUGUCAACAGAUUGGAGACUACUAGUUCUGUCAGGUUAACUUGUUCAUUUUUUUUUUUGCAGUUUUUGGCCGGGGCUGGGUUUGAACCCACCACCUCCGGCAUAUGGGGCUGGCACCCUACUCCGUUGAGCCACAGGCACCACCCGUUAACUUGUUCUUGUGUAGAUUUUUUCUUUUUUGUUGCCCUGGAUAGAGUGCCGUGGCAUCAUGGCUCAUAGCAACCUCUAACUCUUGGGCUCAAGUGAUUCUCUUGCCUCAGCCUCCCAAGUACCUGGGACUACAGGCACCCGCCACAAUGCCCUGCUAGGUUUUUUUUCUUAUUUUUAAUAGAGAUGGGGACAGGGUCUCGCUCUUGCUCGGGCUGGUCUGAACUCCUGAGCUCAAGCAAUCCACCCACCUCGGCCUCCUCUAGUGCUGUGGAUGAUAAUAUGAAGGGAGGAGUUGAAAGAUGCCUAUUGUUUUGCAACUGCUUACUUUCAUCCACCUGCAAUGGCAAGAAUACCCUGAGAAACAAAUGCAAAGGCAGUGGAGAUGGACGUAGUCUUUUCGGUUAAGUGCCUGGGCUUUAGAGCCAGCCUGCCACUUUCAUCUCUUACACCUUGUUCUAGGUUUGAACCCCUAGGAGUCAGUGUCCUCAUCGGUAGUACAGAGAUAAUAGGAGACUAGUGAGGACUAGAGAUGGUGUCAAGUAAGUGGUAUACAGGGCCAGUCAAUGUGGGCUGCUAUUGUUGUUUUAUCCUUCACCCCAAAUGUCAGAAUUUUAAAGCCUCAUUUUUUUUCCAUUGACUGCAUUUAUAGGUUAAGGAUUUCUAUAUGUAAGUCCCAUAGAAAUGCCCUUUGCUUUAAAAAACAUGGAGGGGGGGUGUUGAAACCAUUAGUUUGACCAAGAGAGGCUAGUACUUUAGCACAGUCCCAUGUAGUCAUCACCAGGAAACCUUCAAAAUGAAUUUGAUCAUUAGGACUAGCAUCCUUGGCUUCCUAAGGUAGGCCUGCAUAACCCUGUGAUUUGUUCUGCCCAUAAUUCUUACCAAAGUUUGAUGUAAGAAACAGUCAUAAAAUGAACCUCUGUAAAACUGCCAGUCUGUAAAACUUCCUUAUGUAUUAAUUCACAGAAACUUCCUGUACUCCUUUAAGGAACUUGGCAUUGUGAUGAAACCCUUUCCCUCCUCAUCUGAGUGAAUCUUCUCAACGACUAUAGGAGAUAAUGAUGUUUGAACUGAACAAUUAAGAGUACAAUGGCUCUCAAUGGCUCAUCAUAGCUCACUGCAACCUCAAGAUCCUGGGCUCUGUGGAGUAUAAGAGAUUCCAUAUUACAUUUUCAGGGUUCUGAAGUCAAAGUUCUUGAGAUUAAUAAUGGCAGGAAAAUCAUCACUUUUUAAAGUAAUUCUCCUUGGAGAUGGUGGAGUUGGGAAGAGUUCUCUUAUGAACAGAUAUGUAACUAAUAAGUUUGAUACCCAGCUCUUCCAUACAAUAGGUGUGGAAUUUUUAAAUAAAGAUUUGGAGGUGGAUGGACAUUUGGUUACCAUGCAGAUUUGGGACACAGCUGGUCAAGAGCGAUUCCGAAGCCUGAGGACACCAUUUUACAGAGGUUCUGACUGUUGCCUGCUUACUUUUAGUGUCGAUGAUUCACAAAGCUUCCAGAACUUAAGUAACUGGAAGAAAGAAUUCAUAUAUUAUGCAGAUGUGAAAGAGCCUGAAAGCUUUCCUUUUGUGAUUUUGGGUAACAAGAUUGACAUAAAUGAACGGCAGGUAUCUACAGAAGAAGCCCAGGCCUGGUGCAGGGACAACGGUGACUAUCCUUACUUUGAAACAAGUGCAAAAGAUGCCACAAAUGUCGCAGCAGCCUUUGAGGAAGCAGUUCGGAGAGUUCUUGCUACUGAAGAUAGGUCAGAUCACUUGAUUCAGACAGACACCAUCAAUCUUCACCGAAAGCCCAAGCCUAGCUCAUCUUGUUGUUGAUUAUUAAUGAGAUGUAUACACAAAAUCAACAUGGAGGAGAGAGAAUUAGCAUUUGCAGCAGCAUAUCAUCUACUAAUAAACGUAAACUAAUGUAUAUUGCUGCUUCAUUAGUUGGUGGGAGAAGGGAAAUAUCCACUUACAGAGGAAUGUAUUUACUUAAUAAUGGCACCUUACAUUUAUAAAUUGUAAUGGUUGUCUAAUAAUGUUUCUUUAAUUUAAAUAUGUAAGUUACAGAGCUAGUAAGAGAUGACCAAGACUUUAAUUAUAAUUAAAACAAAAAACUUGACUAUUCUAGAGGUUAUACUUGGAUUUUUUCCUGGGAAAUUGGUGAACUACUUUUUAUGUGUGUAUAUUUUUAUGUAAUUAGCAUUGUAUUCUUGGUUCAGGGAAAACUUUCCUAAAGCAAUACUGUUAGAUAUUAAAGAUUAAAAUCUAAUGCAUUUGCAA